UUAGUCUUAUUACAACUCAAUAGUUAAGAUUUGAUAAUAUUUAUUGUAAGAUUUCAAUAAAAAGUUUUCUUUAAAAGCUUUGCUUUCUUUGAUUUCUAAAAAUGCGUAAAAAUAUAGUGUAUAAAUUCAAUUCAUUCAGUUGGCAAAUGGGGUGUGACAUGGGUGUGGCCAUUUCAGAAAAUCCCAUUGUUGUUUGAUGCUAAAUCUUUCCUGGACGUUACGGUCCGUUUCUGGGUAGUGCAUGUUGCUUUGUGACGUUAUCUAAGAUUUACAUGAAGGACAAGGGUCCUUUCUGUCUGAAUUCUCAUUCAUCUGAAAAGACAGAUGAGUCGACACAAACGUAAAUCAUCAUAAUUAGUAUUAGUUUAAGGGAUUAUAUUUAAUAGUCUGUAAAGUUUUUUGACAUGAUAGGGCUCAUAUGACAAAAAAAUUGACCAGAAAGUAUUUAAUUGUCCACGGUGAGAAAUUCUUGCUGUCUGUUAAGUGCAGCACGAGAAUUGUUGGCAAGUUUAUUUUAUUAGCAGGAGGCAAUAAUUCUUUCACUGUGCUUGAUCGUUUUGAACGUCCUUUCGGAAGCAAGCUGUUGAUAGAUCAAUCGUCAUUGCUUGAAGACUGCGUAAGGUAGAAGUUACGCGGAGUUUAGCCCAUUGUGAGAAAUAUUUGGUUCGCUGAGGCUCAGAAAGAAGUUAAGGUCUUAAUACCUGUCAGUAUUUGAAAUUUCAUUGAAGUCUCGUUUUGUCGCAGGUUCAAAGUGGUAUGGAAAGUGUCUUUUAGCUGUCUGGAGUUUGAUUGCAUCAGAGGACAACAACAAUGGGCAACUUUGUUUUCAAUGCAGUUUUUUUGCUGGUAUUGCUAUCUGGUGUGCAUAGUUUCAUCAUUAAACCGCUGUCAAUUUGCUCAGCUCGAAGAGGGCUUUCACAAAGACAAGUAAAGCUAUGCAACGAGUACCGGAACCAUAUGCAGUUCAUUGUGGAUGGCACUAAAAUGGCCUUGGAUGAAUGUCAAAGGCAAUUUAAAGACAGACGAUGGAACUGUACCUUUCCUUUAAAUCACAUGCGUGGGUUUAUUCCGUUCAUCCCUAAAGGCCAUAGAGAGGCUUCAUUUGUGCACGCCAUUGUUUCAGCUGGAACCUUUCAUGCAGUUAGCAGAGCUUGCAUGGAAGCCAAGCUGACGUCACAUUGCCAUUGCAGCCAAGAGGCUAGGCCUGACAGCCUGAGAAAGUCUUUUUUAUGGGCAGGUUGCGGUGAUAACCUCCCUUAUGGUUACAGCUUCAGCAAAUUAUUCAUGGAUGCUAGAGAACAGCUGGGGUCUGAUGCAACACAGGACAUACAAAAGAUCUCGCGUGUUUUGAUGAACCUACACAACAACGAAGCUGGACGUAGGGCACUUAUGGAAAACUCAUUUGUGCAAUGCCGUUGUCAUGGUCUAUCCAAAGGCUGUGCGACGAAAACUUGCUAUAGGCAGCUCAAACCAUUCAAAGCUGUCGGUGAAUUUCUGAAGGACCAAUACGCAAGUGGCAUUGAGUCGGAAAUUUCCCAGAAGAGGGCUCCGGUACACGAUGGAGAGAUGGAACUGAAACUACGGGAAAAGUACCCACAGUACCAGAAAAUAAGCAAACGGAACUUGGUAUAUCUUGAAGAAUCGCCGAAUUAUUGCUUAAAAGACAUGUCUUUGGGCUCUUUAGGAACCAAAGGGCGACAGUGUAAUCGCACGUCGGAAGGACUCAAUAGCUGUAGCCUUUUGUGCUGCGGGCGAGGUUUUCAUGUUAAGAGACAGUUAACCAGAGAAAGUUGCGCGUGUCAAUUUAUUUGGUGCUGCCACCUCAAGUGCCAAACAUGCGAAGUAGAGAAAAACAUGCACUAUUGCAAGUAGACAUAAUAUAUGGGCAAUGUUUUGUCGUGUACCGAGAUAUACAAAGUAUAUGCUAUUGCUGAUGGAGAAAACGUCCGCAUGGGAGCGCGUCAGUGCUCGGGACACAUGGCAAGGACUGCUAUGUCUCAAUUGGUACAAAAUUUGCAUCAAAAGCCUCACAACAGUGUUUAUUUUGUGCAAAUGAGUAGAACCGCUCAUGUUCACGUUGCAUAAAUGUAGGCGUAAGAUGACCUUGAAAUUUCAACUGUUAGUUGUAUUGAUUGAGAACGGAGAAACUCUUUGUAGCUAGUAGAGAGUUAUGAUUAUAAUAUUAUCAUUAAAUAUUGUUAUGUCUGACUAAUUUUAACAAGAGUUUUGUUAGUCCAAAGAUCCAAACAUUCGUUUUCAUUAUCAGAUCCAGAAGUUACAAGAGGGACUUGUGUGGGAAUAGGUUUUGAGAUUUUCGUUUUUAAAUGGAAUUAUUUUUGUUACCCUUUUUUGUUUCGCAAUUAUGUAUAUAGAUAAAAUUUUGAGUGUAUGCUCAGGGACCGCGCACCAGUUUAAAAGUGGAGGGGCUGAAAUGGGUGUCCCAAAAAUGUUUUGAGGCCACGCCCUACAGAACGCAGGAAAACACCCCUUUUAGAAAAUAUUGCUUAUUUCUACUCAAUUUUUUUAAACAGUUUGGUUCUGGGAAGAUAUCAAUAACUUUGAAAAUAGAUAAAAUUAUCUUAGGGGUAAUAAAAUACCAAGCUAACAAAGUUAGAAAAUACAUCAUAUCAAUAAACAAGAUAAAACACCUAGAAGAAGAACAAAAAUGGUUCCUAGUCAAGAAGAACUGCUACUUCAUAGGAGUAAACUAUCCAAAGAUGCGUUAGGGUAAACCUUCCAAAACAUUUUAUUCCAAAAAUGUGAGGGGGAUAUAGCCCCUGCUAGCCCAAUGGCUGCGCGGUGCCUGUCUAUGCUUUCAGCUCUCCCAACUGUACAUAGAUUUAAUUUAGUACCAGUAUUGGGCAUCAGUUGUAGACGCUCCGCGUACAGCACUAGUCUAGAUCGUUCUAAUUAUAAGAUCAUGCCAGAUCAAUAAAAAAAGUGCUUACAUAUAUAUCCAAAACAAAACUACAAGACACUUUUAUACCGCAAGUUUAAUAUGAGCAACUUGCGAAUUAAAAAACACUUAGUAAAUUACAAUAUACUGAGAUUGAAUUUCCCCCAUUUUCUCAUGAGUACCCAAAAGGUCAGAUCUCUCGUUCACGAGCGUCUGCGGCAUUUGUUUGUGGGAUGUCUGGUCUAUUUCCGUCAGUAAACGUGAAGAAGUGGUAAAUUAUGACACGGUAACUGCAUAGUGAUGCCCUGUGACAACAGAGCCAUGAAUGUAUACCUAGAGAGCAACGGCUUUCGGAAAAACAGUAGAUUUACCCUAAUGCAAUGAUUUUAAACUCAAAACUAUAUUAUUUUGUCCCUACCCAACAUCCAUGCUCUCCCUCGAUUGGUCCCCUACUACUAGCUUCUAUUUAAAUUUCUCUUCAUCUUGUAUUUUCUUUCCUAUCAAAUACCACCUUAAUUUUCGUUAUUACGCCACUCGUCAACUGUAUGAGUCCUUUAUUGUUGAAUACCCCUUGUCAAAUGCUCCUUCGUAGAACUUGUAUGUCACUUUCUUUUAUCACUUUAAAUUUUGCAACUUUGUAAAGAAUUUGUUUGGAAAAAAGGGCGUCAGUACUCUGUAAAGUAUAAAUGGAGGUGUUUUUAAUUUUUAAUAUACGACAACAUACUUCCAGUGUGUACAUUGUAAAAUUUUUCUGUAGACAUUUCAUCUAUUAAGAUAUAAGUGUAAAGCAAAAGAUUUUGAAUGAAUUUUGACUUGAUCUAUA